AUGCCGCUCUCCCGCACCGCACUGCAGUCUCCAGGCUUUAAUGUAGGAGGAGAUCCCAGAGCCUCUGCGGCGCCUCCUUUGGAUGACCGUGCUCUUCACGACCAGGACCAGGAACCUGCUCAGUACAUUGAGGCAGGCGGUCAGGCUGAGCAGAGCAGACUCCAGCUGCCGUCCUCGCUGUCCGACGACGACAUGCUGACCAAACCCCUCCAAGAGCAAAAUAAAAUGCUAGAGAAUGCUCUGUAUGAAACUAUGGAUCGGGAAAUCGACGCACUGGUGGCCAUUAAAGACCUUUUGUACCUGAGCUCUCAGGUUUACGAGCUGCAGACUAAAGUCGAUCAGCUGACUGCUCAGAACGACGAGUGCCGCAUGAGGCACGAAGAAGCGGAAAAGGAGAGAAUAGAAAGUUAUGAAGCGCUCGUCAGUGGAGAGGCCAUGAUGAGACUGGGCAUGGAGACAGCUUUAGAGCUGUAUGAAAAAGAAAAGGAGACUAACAACACCCUGAAGGAGAAAUAUAAGAGGAUAAAGGAAUCCAACACACAGCUGGAGGCUGAGAUAACCGAGAUAAAGGAUCAAAUUCACAAAAUGGAACAGGACGAUGAUGCGGACAGUUAGCAGAGGACACCGCUGACCUUCCUUCACUUCAGCCAGGCACGAACCCGAACAUGGGGAGGGCGUCGCCAUCAGCACAGGACAGGGAACAGGAGUAUUCGCACUGGC